GUGAAGUCUCAGAAGAGAGCCAUCAGGCUGCUGAGGCUGAAGAGGGUGGAGGAUCCCAUCCUGGAAGAGCAGAAGAGACGGAAGGAGAGGGAGAAGGAGGAGAAGAGGAUGCAAGAGGAGAGGAGGAGACAAGAGGAGGAGGAGAGGAAGAGGAGAGAGGAAGAGGAGGCAGAACAGCUGAUGGAGGCGGAGAGGAAGAGGAGGGCGGAGGUGGCGGCCGCGCUGGCAACAGCCAAAGGAAAAUGGACCCCGCUGGGUUUCCUCUACAGGAAGAUGGACACCAUGCUGGACAUCAGCAGGGAGCGCUUCCAGGGCACGGUGCUCAAAGCUCUGUCCAAGGACCCUCGCAAGGACGUCAAGUCGGCGCUGGUCAAAGUUAAAGAGGAGAAACUGGAUGAGGAGGAGCUGAAGAAAAAGGAGGAGGAGCUGAAGGAGGAGGAGGAGCCAAAGAAGGAGGAGGAGCCGGAGAAGGAAGAUGAAGAGGGGAAGCAGGAUCUGAUGAAGGAAGAGGAGGUAAUGAAGAGCGAGGCGGUGCAGCAGGGAGGAGCACUGAUUGGCCGGCUGGUGACAACCAUCAAGGGCGAGCAGAAGCAUCUUCCCUUCGGCCCGGAGGACAUGAUCAGCACGGCCACCAUGCUGGACGGAGACAAGGUGCGUUUCAACAUCGCCACCCACCAGGAGACCAAAGAGCAGCGAGCGGCGUACGUGGAGAUCCUGCCCGACUCCUUCGAGGAGUCCACGGAGCAGCGGAGACACGGCCUCGUCAUCGAGCUCUCUCUGUCCACCGGCCUCAUCAAAUGCUCCCAGAAUCCUCAGCUCUACUUCCACAUGUGCGAGGUGAUCGAGAAGAAGCGGCUGGAGCUCAACGAGAAGGUGGAGUUCAGCGUGGUCCCGCACGAGACGGCGGAGGGGGGGAACCAGGCCAUCCGGAUCAAACGCUUCACCGAGAAGGUUUUCCUCCCGGCACGGAAACUGUGCGCCAUCGGCCUAGCGAAGGGAAAGGUGAGCAUCCCCUCAGAGGACUAUCCCCUCAGAGGACGAUCCGCAUGUUACGGUGUGAGCAUCCCCUCAGAGGACGAUCCGUAUGUUACGGUGUGAGCAUCCCCUCAGAGGACGAUCCCCUCAGAGGACGAUCCGCAUGUUACG